UCCGAGACGACCAUCCACGAUUCUCCUCGACCAUGCGAUAGUGCUCCGGCAGUCCUUUCCACCCCCAAGAUCAAUCUCCGUCCUCGUCCCUACGCCCGCGUGCUGACCUAGGACGGCUGGCCAUUCCCGUAGCUUCUUCGGCUGGUAUCAUCGAAGAACACUCCUUCCCUUCUCGCCUUUCGCUCGUUUGCACGCUAUGCUGGCUCCGAAGCCCCCUGUGGACUUGGAGGGCCAUUGCUCCGUCAUCUAUGAUAACACUCUUUACGCUUACUCCGCCAAUGGCUUUGUGUCGAUUCCUCUCGAACUUAAUGCGACAUGGACCAACCUGACCAUGGGAGAGCCGGUCUCCGAUGCGGCAUGUGUGACGGGUGGUAUCGAUGGAGACGAAGACCAGCAUGCGCUCUACGUGGUCGGCGGUUCCGGUUCUCAGUCCAACCUUUCCGGCCUACAGCGUUACUCCUUCCAAGACAAAAACUGGACGGCUAUCCCCCAAGAGAACCUGGCCAAUCGAACUCGACACCAGGCGGUCUAUCUUUCUAAUUCUUCCAGCAUUCUGGUCUACGGCGGCCACACCUCGGAUCAAUCCGUCGCCUCGUCAGAUACCUUUGCCGCGUACACCACGUCCCCAUAUGUAUUAGACGCCUUCUCAGCCUCGAAUGCAUCUCCAGCCUACCAUCCUGUGUUGUUGCGCUGGAGCGAUAGCGAAGCGGUCCUGGUAGGCGGCACGACCACCCCGAAGGGAGUCCAUCUAUUCAACCCGACCCGUGGCUGGUUUGAUUCUAAUAUUACCCUGGCCGAUUCACUUUCCAGCGAUGUCCAAGCCGCCCUUUUCGAAGGAACAAAUGGUACCAAGGUUCUUGAGGCUUUCGAUAUGAGUGUAUCGCCAAACACAGUCUCUAGCGUAGAGCUAGUCAAGCCAGGCGGUACGCCUGCCAACCCCGCAACCGCCUUGACGACCAAUUCUUCGUCGAGUAGCCAGAAGAGAGAGGAUUCCUCGAGCGAUUACCCAACGUAUUCCAGCAAACUGGCCUCCUCAACCACGAGACAAAACUAUUCCCUAGCGCAGGGUGAGGAUGGACUAGUUGUCAUCUCCAGUGGAAGCGGCACAAGUUCGCUUGCCAUCUUCAACCAGACCGCCAACAGCUGGGUGAACACCACACAUCUGUUCUAUGGGAAUGAGUCGGAGCAGCAAAUCCUCGGAUCGUUGACGCACACGACAUCCACCACUGCAUCGACCAGCAGCUCCUCAGCCAGCUCCUCCGCGAGCACGUCGUCCAGCGCUGCUGCCGUCGGAGGCUCAUCGAGCAGCGACAUUGGAACCAUUGUGGGUGCUACACUUGGGGCGAUUGUGGGUGUAGGCGUUAUCCUGAUCCUCAUUCUUCUCUGGAUCAAACGCAAGAAACAAAGCAUCAAACUAGCCCAGGGUGGCGACAAAGAUCGACUCAGCUUCCAGGAUCGGGGGGUGGAGCCCCUAGCACAAUCAGCGUACCCCAUGGCAAAAAGUCCCGCCCCCUUGGCUGCCGCCUCCGUCGACUCCCUAGCGAUUUUCUCGGGAUCAAUGGGCGAUGAGAAGACACCGCGAUCCGCUGGAGCGCGCCCCCCCUACGCGCAAAACACAAGUCCGUUGAAGCCGAGUCCGCUAGUGACUGUGCAGUCCCCCGACGCCUCUCCUAGUACAUACUCGCCGAGUGCGUACUCUAGUGCUGCCCUUGACAAAGAGCUGUCCGUCAAAGAAUUACACCCCGGGGGCAACCCCGGCGAUCGGUUAACGAAUGAAGGGUGGAGUCGGUACUUUCAAGAUAAUAGUGCGACGGACCUGGCCGGAAUGCAGCCACAAACUCUUCAGCCUCCUGCUCCGGGGCUGAGGAGCAAUCGUACUGACUCCAGCAGCACCGCAUGGCCAAUCAAGCUGACGCCCCUCAACUUCGGGUUCUUGGAUGAACCCAAGCCACUCGGCGGUCAGGUGAUCAGCGGCAGUCCGACCACCGAACAUGCGUCGUCGAUCAUUUCCUCCGAGGGUCGACAGAUGAUCAUCCCCGAGAGUCAGUCCGCCCGCAUCUCGACCGCCUCCUCCAUUGGCGACGAUUUGGAGAACGAUCCGCACUGGCAAACACGCAGCUGGAUGGGCCGCCCGCCCAGCAGCACCUACAGUCGCAGCUACUAUAAUCCCAGCACUCGUGCGCCUUCCAUGGCACCCUCCAUGGCCAUGCCCUCUGACGGCGAUUCCCGUCUCGAUCCAUCCAGCGCUUACAACCACCGUGGAUCCAGCAUCCUCAUCCCCGAUAGCCUGGAGCCGAUGCCGGAACACGAGGAGCCCGGGCACAGCGGCAGCGGCCAGAAAGCCAAUGUCAAUUCAGAUAUGAGCUGGUUGAAUCUUCACGGCGACAAAUGAGAAUGCCUUGACAUAUCCUCUAUCUCUUGUCCAUCAAUCCACCUUUGCCUCUCCGAGCUCCAAUCCUCUCUCUUCCGCCCUCACUAUCC